AUUUUGAAUACUUGUUGGGGUUUUUUCGAAUCUUCAAGGUCGUAUGGCCAUCUGGUGGCCUUUCACGCAAGUUGUUUGGUGGUAUUUUUUCCCAUAUGGAGGUAUUAGAAACCGAGAGGAAGCUGACAUCCCAAUUGAUAACAUAGAAAUUAUUUCUGAAUUAUAAUUUAUCGACUGAAUCCGUGUUGUCAAAUAAUUGUAGAUACUUCUCUUUACAAAAUCUGGCAAAGUUUAACUAUCACAGUAAUCUUGAACAACUACACAAAUGAUGUAUAGAGAAAUCAUACCUUGCACGGUGUAUGCAUCCAUCCAGUUGACUGUAGGUCAUAGCACUUUAAGAUCUGUUGAUGUUUCUGACCAUAUUCUCCAACCUACUAACUCUAAACAUAGUCCCAACUGCUAAAUCUAGAUUUUAAUCUAAACCUCAACAUAAACCCUGAAACCUUAAUCUUUAUCCUACUUGACAGUAUAGAUUUGAAGAAAAAGUGCCUAGUAAAUGUAUAGAGUACUGUAUCUAUCCUAUCCAAGUUCAAAAUACAGGCACUAUUUCCUCUGGAAUGACAUUUCAUAGUGUUUCGUGUGUCUGAUCGGUUCUUGAAAGUUAACUUUUGAAAGACCUUGACUUCAGCUAUAGUAGUUUAAUCCGCCCGAAAACCACUCCGUAAUGAAUAAAUUUGUUAAGACCUUAAUAAAUACCAUUAUUGUAAUUAGCACAUAUUUUGUUCGUAAAUGUUCAGGUUUGUGCUAUUCCCAAGCUUACAGUAAUGCUGAACUAAUUAUCAACUAUCCCUCGACAAUGCGGUCUAGUUCUUAAAGGGUACUUUGUCUCCCUGAAAAGACCUAGUAUGUGCUCAAUAAUUUGGGUAGUGCUUAUGUAUUUUGAUAGAUGCUCAACAAAGACAUGCUGUUCUGAAAUAAUGCUAGUCGAAACUGAAGACACUGAAAUGAUGCUGAGAAAAAUGCCAGAUGACAGUAAACUAACACCUCGGAAGCCGCCAACUACACGGAGUGAAGUUUUGUACGGAAUAUGGAGUCAUAUGAGAAUCAUUUCAGGUUUCCCUCACCUUAAAAAGUAGGCAUUAGUUCAUCAUUUGCGAACAUUACUUCAGCACUAUUGUAGGCUCGGAUUGUCUUACUUGUGAAGUGCUGUUUUCAAAUUUGGGUCUGUCAUUGCGGUACAUACUUGCCUAAAUUUAAUUUCUGGUCCGGAAUAGCAUCUUAAGGUGGCUAGAUGGCUGUACUAUAUCCGGUUUUUUAUAUCAGAGUGACUGGUUUCAACAUAGAACUUUGUACUUAUGUGCAGCAGUUCAAGCCAACAUACUCCAUGUAGCACACAAAGCAAGAGAUAGUAGAAGAAAUGCAUAAUAGAGACAGUAGACCGCGAUAUGAGAUAAAAGGAAUGAUAAUAACGGAGAUCAACAUAGUCUCAUUGUAAAUUAUAAGUCACAAGGUGUUGAUGCAUCUGCACCACUGGGAACGAUUUUGAGCCAAAUCACCAAUUGUCACCAACCAUUGGUGUUUACCAUCCCGAAGACCCCAACCAGGAAGUCUACAUCUCCCUACGUGGCUUAAACUAACUGUUGUGGAUUUCAUUGACUGAGGAAGCCAUGUUUCGGUUUGGCCACCACUGGCUCUUUUCCAACCUGACCCUAUGUCAGCUGACAUUGCCCAUUGUUGAGGAAGGCGAUGGCUAGGCAUGCGUAACACAUGUCCUAACCAUCUCAAUAGGUAUAACUUCACAACCUCGCCUAUUGAUUUCCCCUCCUUAUCUAGCACUCGACCGAAGUCUUACCUCAAGAUUGCUCACCCUAUUAUACCACUUCACACGGGAGAUAGAACGCAGGUGCCUAUGAUCCAAGGCACCUAGCAUUUUCAUGUUUUCCACUUUCGACAGCCACGUCUCACAGUCAUAAAAGAGUACAAAGCGAACUGCUGAGCAGUACACACGUCCUUUGGUCGACAGCCGGAUAUCACUUAAUCGGCAGAGAUGGUGUGGAUUGGAAAGUGCCAAACGAACCUUCUUUAUCCGUGCUGAGAUUUCGUCAGCGAUCAACCCGUUGGCACUGGCUGAUGCAACUCCCCAAAUAAGUGAAGUGGUCAACACGCUCUACGACCUCAUUCCUUAUUUCUAAGCUAGGAGUCUGUAGUCCAGUCCUGUAUCAUCAUCUUACAUUUGGCGGAAGAGAAUCGCAUGCCAAGCAUUCGCAGAUUGCAGCUCAAGGUUUUCAGAAGACUCUGCUUGGUUUUGUCAGCUUCUUAACCUAGAAGGACCAUAUCAUCUGCAUAUUCUAAGUCAACGAGAUUAUUCCCUGGUAGCAAGUCAAUCCCUGCGUCUCUGAAGUGAGUUAGGGUUAAGUCCGUUAGUACACCUAUGAUGAAAUUGAAUAGAAAUGGGGACUGGGUAUCCCUGACGGACACCACUAGUUGUCACCAGUUCAGAUGACAACUCACCGUAACCUCUCACCUGGCUGCAUGAGUUCGAGUAAAGUGCCUUUUUAUAUCAGAAUUACGAGUCAUAGCAAACUUCUGGUGAACAUCAAGCUGUAACGUCCACUCCAGACUUUGUUCAAUAAAGCAGAAAUUACUUAUGCAUAUCAAGAAAUAUAGGUGCUUCAUUUUUGUGGUUCAUGUGAUGAAAUAAAGGCAGCUGGUGAAAUGUGGAAACAUGGGAUACAACUGGCAGUUGUAGAAUAAUUUUGAUUAGAUACUCACCUUUCUUGAUACAUUUAUUAACUAAAUCCCGACUGACUUUCACAUGCGUUGAGUGGACUUUUGUCACACUGUACUCACAGUCACUAAUGGUAAUGAACUGAAAACUACUGGCGGGCUCAGUAUUCAUCAUGGCCUAAAAAGUAAAGUUUUUGUUGGUGUUCUUAUUUCGCUUUCACUAUCUCUAAUUAGCAUGUUUCCAAAUACCUGCAGGAAAUAAUCUUUCACAUUUAGUAAUAAACCAUAACAAGAUUUUUAGUACUGUGGUCAGUUUUGCACUUUGCAAAGAGGUAGUAAUCCAUUGAAAAUCAGUCAUGUGGUUUGAGGAUGAAGGCAACCAUAUUGGAUUAAUAAUCCAUUCGGUAAUAAAUGUACAAGAGAUGUGACGUACUUUUGACCUAAUGGUGAUUUCGUAUUUCAUCGUAGCAACAGCGAAUUCAGUAAUCGGUACUUCUAAGGCGUUUCUUUGCGAAAUCUACAAAGCGAUGCACUCUGUUGCCUGAUUCGGCGGAAGGCUUGGAAAGGUCAUAGAGAAGUACAUCCAGACGUCCCUAAUGCAGAUCCAUGAUUAUAGGCAAGUUUUUGACAGGUGAAAUAUGCCAUCUAAUAGUCCACAAGUAAGCAGUCUGAAGUAAAUGUCUCCUGGGUGUGUUCACAGGAAAUUAAUUUGCCUGUCACAUGUUCCAAGAAACGGUUAAUUUUCGUAAGACGAUGAGAAAAAAAGUACCAACCAUGUAGACAUUUUCAUUAGCUCUCAAAGUUUUAUGUUCAUUGCAUACUAUUUAUCUUCUCUCCUCAAAUGUCAAUAGCUCGCUUUUAAUACUAUUCCCCGUAGAAUUUCUUUAUCACAUGACUGUCACCAAUGCUUACGACAUAAGCUAGAGAAGUACUAAAUUAAAAAAGCCAUAGGUUUUAGAACAUUUGCUUAAAUCCCAACGUAUUCAAAUGUGAAUAGGAGUAUGAGUGGAUUUUGUCAGUUGUUAAUGAUAACCUAGACUAGUCUGCAAACAUCUGUACACUGAAUUAGUGUGGCUAUCUAAAUGGAAUAUAGUUUAACAUGAUUAUGCAAAUCUGUUUCAUUGUAUACAAACCGAAGUACUUUCCAUAUCAAGCUUUAUUUUAUUUGUUACUUAUUUAGAUAUAAUCACUCAGUUAUACAAAUGAAUGAAAGUGCUGAAAUAGUUCGAUAUCCUAUUUCCUUGUGUGCUGUUCAAGCAGAUAUAUUACAAGCAUUUUUUGAAUGUCAGCUUCGAGGUCUUCGUCACAGUUGCAAAUGGCUUACAGAUUUACUAUGGUCUAUAAAUCUUCCGAUAAUAUCAGCUCCGGAUAGCGUUUUCUCUGCUAGCAACGUUCACCGAAGUAUACCAGCAGAUAAAUUGACUACCUUCCUACUUGCUCGCAGUUGUUUUGACCUUCAAGAGUAUGAUCAUUGCGCUGAGAUAUUAUCGCAUAAUUUUGAGAAGUCAAUUCAUGAUUAUCCGAAAUGUUUUAUCGAUAACUAUGGUUAUGUGUAUUAUUUCCUGUAUAUAUAUUCACGGUAUAUGGCCUGUGAAAAACGCCGUGCUAAUGAUGCUGUUGAAUCACGGCUUACAUUAAAACCAAAUGAAGAAGCGAAAUCAUCAUUUCUGUCUACUGCUAGAUGUAAUAAAGAACUUUCAUCGUUAAAGUGUGAAAUAGAACCAUAUACAAGUAAAAUGAAUUACAAAGAUGAAAAUAAAACUCAUAGAAUUGGUAACUCAUUCCUCUUAUAUGCUAAUGCAUUGAUUUGUCUUCGACUGGGAAUGAAGGAGACAACUAUAUCAUUAUUAGUUCAGGCGAUUAAUUUUUAUCCUUUUCUAUGGCCUGCAUGGUAUGAAUUAAUUGAUCUUAUUGAGAAUAAAGAAGAAAUGAAUAGUUUAAACCUUCCCACAGAUGAUGAAUGCUGGAUGAGAUAUUUCUUUGAAGCCAAGGUAUAUUUGAAACUACAUGAAGGUGAAAGAGCUUUAGAGAUCCUUUUAAAACUAUCAGGAAGUGGAUUCAGUAAAAGUUUUAAUUUACAAGCAGCAAUCGGCUUAGCUUAUGAUGAAUUACGUGCUAUCGAAUUGGCCAAAAAACAAUUUAAGCAGUUGUUCAAUGCCUGUCCAUGUCGAUUAGACAAUGUGGAUGUAUAUUCAAACAUAUUAUACGUUUGUGAAGAUUUAACAGAACUAGCUCAUUUAGCCCAUCAUUGUAUUAAUUUGGACAGAUAUAAUGCAGAAACGUGUUGUGUUGUGGGGAAUUUCUUUGGGUUACGUGGACAGCACGAAAAAGCUGUCAUGUAUUUUCGACGCGCUCUUAAAUUAAGAACAGCUUAUCCUUUAGUAUGGACAUUAGUUGGCCACGAAUAUAUGGAAUUAAGGAAUACAAAUGCUGCUAUACAUGCUUAUAAACGAGCACUUGUCUAUGAUAGAAAUGACUACAGAGCAUGGUAUGGUUUAGGUCAAAUGUUUGAAGCGUUGGGUUUGCCGUCAUUCGCUCUCUAUUAUUAUAGAGAAGCACAAUAUCUGGUGCCUACAGAUUCACGUUUAAUUGUAGCAUUAGGUGAAAUUUACGAGAAGCUGAACCGUUUAGAUGAAGCGAAGAAAUGCUAUUGGCGAGCAUAUUGUGUUGGUGAUAUAGAAGGUGGGGCGCUUAUUCGACUAGCUGCGUGUUUUGAGAAAUGUUGUGAAGAUGCUGAGGCUGCAGCAGCAUACACUGAAUUUAUCAAACUUGGCCACCGCUAUGGAGUACAAAAACAAUCAGAUUUAGCUGCAGCCUAUAAACAUAUAGCAAAUUAUCAUUUACGCAGAGGAAAUUAUACAGAUUCUGUCUUGGCAGCAAACAGAUGCCUUGAUUAUCCUGAAACUCAUGAAGAAGCUAAAGCUAUGUUACGUCAAAUUACAGUGUUAGCUGGUGACAUUGAGCAGCUUGCUCCAUCAGAGCCUGCAAACACCGACUCCCAAAUUGAAAAGAAUAAAUCUGGUCUAAUUGAAGAGAUGGGCAAAAUUACAGAUGCACAAACAUCAAGGAAGCCUGGUGGAUUGGAAACGUAUCUAAAACAGACUAUGAAGUCAACAGUCAGUGAAAUGCAGCCUUUAAGUCUUUCACUAAGUCAUGCUCUAACCUCUUUCAAUGAGUCAACAGUGCUACGAAGAAGAUUUUAUCUACGCAAAAAUACGCCAUUGUCAUCAUCAUCAUCACCAGCAGCAGCAGCUACAUCGCUACCUGUUCGUUCAAGUCAUUUAGUUGCAAACAUAUUGACUGAUAGUAUUGUUGCUGACGUUGAUACUAAUGGUGGUGUUGGCAUUCAAAGUAUUAAUUCAAUUGAUCCGUCAGUGACCGAGCCUGUGAACACUGUAACCACAUCUGUACAUUAUUCUAAUUCAACAUUACCAUGUGAUACUGUAUCAUUUGACCGUACAGCCAGUGAAACAAUAAUUGACAAUGUAACUACUACUGGACAUCGUUCGUAUACACCACCGAUUACGAAUAACAGAACUUCUGUUGCUGUCACAAGUAUAGAUAAUCAGCAUAAUAUGCAAUCUAAUAUAAUGUCAUUUCAGGAAGAUGAAUCAAUGCGGCUUAGUGACGAAGAAUCCUAGAACAUCAUUAUGAUAAUCAUCAUCAUUGAUUUGUAUUGUAAAUUAAUGUUUACUUAUUUACUUAUUGUAUUCAUAAUUUCAUGUUAACUUGUGUAAAGAUACUAAUUUCUUGGCAAGAAUGUCUUCUUUUCUUAUUUGUCUCAUUGAAUGUUCGUUUGAUGUGAUGAUUUUUAAAAAAAUGUGGAAAAAUUUGUUACUACUGAGGUAUUCUGUACCAAUUUUUUCGACUUAGUUAAUAGACUAUGGGAUGAAACAAGUUUUUGUCUUGCAUUAUAUUUCUUCAUACUGCGUUUUAUUUUUGAUGAUGAUAAUAAUAAUCGUACUAACAAUAGUGCAAGCUGGCAGAAUACAACUAAUUAUUCAUUAUGACUUCAAACAUUCCCUGUAACUGUUAGAUAAU